AUGACCGAUGCGCAAACAAUCACUAUCCUCUAUGUUAAAGAGAAGUUUCUACAGAGAAAAGUUCGCUACUAUGGAAAUCAAAUUAAAGAAAUGUUACCCAGGUAUCUGAAUCUGUUGGUGUAUGCUCCAGUGAUUGUACUCAAAUUGGAAGGUGGUUUAGGUCAAAGAACAGUGCCACUUUUGAUUGUUGAGUCUUCUAUCUCAGCUCAGAUACAUAACUGGACUUCAGAU